GGCAGAGCUGUGGGUGCGUUUCCACAGAGCACAGAGGCAUUUCAGCUGUGAGGCCCCACUCCCUUCAGCUGGCUGGCAUCCCGCGACACAGGCAGCUCAUUGAAACAUGGCGGACGCAGGUGUGAAGAAGGUUCAGGAGGAUCUUUCCUACGAUGACAAUGACAGUGACAAGGUCGCUCUGGUCUCUGCUGCUUCCGCCCCAGCAGUUGACGACCACUCAGGGCAAAACUCCAAAGAUUCAACCCUUCAGCGCGUCGACGGGGGCAAAACCGAAGCGCAGAUGAACGGUCAGAUGGUCCUCUCCCUUCUGGACAAGAUCAUCGGUGUUGUGGAUCAAAUUCAGCAAACCCAGAAUGGUCUGGAGGCGAGGCAGGAGGCCAUGGAGAAGUCAGUGUCCACCAUUCAAGGAGAGCUGUCCAAACUGUCCAAAAACCAGCUGGGCACCGCGGGGACAGUCAACAAAAUGCUGGACAAGGUUCGAAAGGUCAGCGUGAAUGUGAAGACGGUGAGGAACAACCUGGAGAAGCAGGCGGGUCAGAUCAAGAAGCUGGAGAACAACGAGAACGAGCUGCUCAAGAGACAAUUCAAAGUGCUCAUCUACCAGUCUACAGACCUUUUUCACAAUGGCCAGAAGUGCCAUGCUGUAGGGUUGAGGAACUUUUGGUUAAUGGUUUUCUAUGGCAAAGUAUCUGUGGAAAUGUCUCGUGUAUUCUCCUCCAGCUUCACCAAAUCUUCAACCAACAAGGUCCACAAAGGAUAUAAAGUCUUUCAUGAAAAAUGUGUCCACAACUAUCAAGAGUUUCGUGAGAGCGUGUGGCUGGCAGGUUGGACUCCCCCUCCCGGGUCUCCACACUCGGACAUGUUACACUAUCGGCAUGUAGCAGAAAUCCAAGCACAGACACAAGGCCCAGGGCCCUGA